AUUGUUUUCUAUCCAGUGUCUGAGCUGAGAGUUGUUCUGCUGGGGAACAGCUGGUCUGAGAGGAGUUCAGUCGGGAACUUAAUCCUGAGAGAGACUCUGUUCAGCACUGAGGAAGAACCAGACUGUUGUGUGAGACACAGAAGACAGUCAAAGGACAAAGAAAUAGUUCUCAUCAACACUCCAGAUCUGCUGCAUCCCCACAUCUCUGAACACAAACUGACAGAACAUGUAGAAAACUGUGUGAGACUCUCUGAUCCUGGACCUCAUGUGUUCCUGCUGGUUCUACAGCCUGAAGGCUUCACUGAAGAACACAAACAGAGACUUAAAUCAAUCCUUGAAAACGUCAGUGAUCAAUCAUUUGAUCAUUCUCUGGUUCUGAUAUCACCACCCAGAGAGGAGAGUUCAACUUACAAUGAUAACGAUGAUCCAGAGAAGCCAUUAAAAGACCUGGUGAAAAUGUGUAAAUGCAGACAUCUGGAGCAGAAGAUCCUUGAGCUUCCGAAGUUGUUAGAAUGUUUGGAUGAAAUUGUGACCCACAGCAAUGGAGAGCAUGUGAGCUGUGAUGUAUUUAAGGAUGCAGGUUCUGAUCAGAAAAUCCUGAAAUCUGCAGGAGCCCAUUCUUACUUGGAUCCACCAAAGGCUGCUGCACCUGGUCUCAGGAUUGUGAUGUUUGGAAAAAAGGAGGACAAAAAGAUAACAUUAUGCAACUUUAUCACUGGGGGGAAAAAAAUUGAACCUGGUUAUUGGUUCUCAUACAAGCAAUGUGAGGUAGCCCAUGAUGAAUCAAGAGAAAAAACAUUAACAGCAGUGAGUACUCCAGACCUGUUCAGUCUGUCUGUGGAAGAUGUUAGAGAAGAGAUGAAGAAAUGUGUGACUCUUUGUUCUCCUGGACCAAAUGUUCUGCUGCUGUUAGUGAAACCUUCUGAUUUCUCAAAGAAGAACGGACAAACACUGAAGUUCAUCCUCAGUUUGUUUGGUCAAAAUGCCUUUAAACACUCAAUGGUCAUCCUGACGCAUGAGGAGAGUGAAACAAAUGUCUGUGUGAAUCAGCUCCUCAGUGAGUGUGGAGGAAGGCUCUACAGCAUGGUUGAAAAUGACCAUGGACAUUUAAUGAAGAAGAUGGAGAACAUUGUGGAAGAAAACAGAGGAGCCUUCCUCACCUUCAAUGAAGAGAUUAUCAGACCAAAGUCUGAACACAUGAAACCAACUUUGAACGUGGUUCUGUGUGGGAGGAGAGGAGCAGGGAAGACCUCAGCAGCCAAGGCCAUUUUAGGUGAGACAGAGCUUCAUUCAGUCUCCAGCUCAGGGUGUGUUAAACAUCAGGGAGAGGUGUGUGGACGUAGGGUUUCCCUGGUGGAGCUGCCUGCAUUGAAUGGAAAACCUCAGGAGGAAGUGAUGGAGGAAUCAUUGAGCUGUAUCUCCCUCUGUGAUCCUGAAGGCAUCCAUGCCUUCAUCCUGGUCCUUCCUGUGGGUCCCCUCACUGAUGAAGACAAGGGAGAGUUGAAGACCAUCCAGAACACUUUCAGCUCUCGAGUCAAUGACUUCACCAUGAUUCUGUUCACUGUGGAGUCAGAUCCUACAGCUCCAGCUGUUGAUAACUUUCUGAAGAAAAACAAGGACAUCCAGGAGCUCCGUCAGAACUGUGGAGGAAGACAGUUUGUCCUCAACAUCAGGGACCAGCAGCAGAUCCCAAAGCUGUUGGAUGCUGUGGAAAAAAUCAGUCCUUCUAAAAUCAAACCACAUUGCUACACAACUGUAGCAUUUGCACAGGCACAAAUAGAAAAGCUCAAAAAUCAAGAGAAACAGAUCAACAUGCUGCAAACUGAACUUGAGAGGCUGAAUCAGAAGAACAAGAUAAAUGGUGAAGAAGAGCAGCAGAACCCAGACUGUCUCAGGAUUGUGCUGAUAGGGAAGACUGGCUGUGGGAAGAGUUCUUCAGGAAACACCAUUCUAGGAGGAACGAAGUUUAAAGCCAAGUCGAGCCAAAACUCAGUCACCAAGUUUUGUCAGAAAGCACAGGGUGCAGUGGACGGUCGUCCUGUUGUUGUGGUCGACACUCCUGGUCUGUUUGACACAACUUUGUCUCAUGAAGAGAUUAAUGAGGAGAUGGUGAAAUGCAUCAGUCUUCUGGCUCCAGGACCACAUGUCUUCCUGCUGGUGUUACACAUUGGACGACUCACUCCAGAGGAGAAGGAGACAUUGAAACUGAUCAAGAAAGGCUUUGGGAAGAAUGCUGAAAAGUUCACCAUCAUUCUUUUAACUGGAGGAGAUUCACUGGAACGGGAUAAGAGUUCUAUUGAGGAAUACAUUGAAGAAGACUGUGAUGCUUCCUUUAAGAAACUGAUUUCUGACUGUGGAGGAAGAUACCAUGUGUUCAAUAACACAAAACAAAACCACAAACAAGUCAAAGAGCUGGUGACAAAGAUCGACAUCAUGGUGAAGGAGAAUGGAGGCAGCUGCUACACCAAUGAGAUGCUGCAAGAGGCCGAGGCAGCGAUACAGAAAGAAGUGGAGAAGAUCCUGAAGGAGAAGGAAGAAGAGAUUCAGAGAGAGAGGGAGGAACUCCAGAGAAAACAUCAGCAACAAAUGCAAAAGAUGAAAAGAACGAUGGAAAAACAGAGAGCAGAAAUUGAAAAAGAAAGAGAACAGAGAGAAAAAGAACUUCAGCAAAAGGAGGAAAAAAUCAACAAAGAAUGUGAGAAGAGAAAGAAAGAACAGGAGAGGAGAGUACAAGAAGACAGGAAGAGAAAACGACAGGAAAAAAAACAACAAGAGGAGUGGGAACAAAGAGUUAAAGCUUAUGAGCAAAAAAUAAGAUCUGAGUCAAAUUCAAAGGAAAACAUUGACAGAAAGCUGGAGGCGAGCAGAGAACAGAUGAAAAAAGAACGAGAGAACAGGGAGAAGGAAAGAAAAGAGUGGUGGGAGAAACGAGAUCAAGAAGAAAAACAGAAACAAAAGAAACUUAAAGAGCUUCAAGACGAAUAUGACCAAGAAAAAGAAAAGAAUGAAAGAAAAACAAAAGCAGAUGAAGUUAAAAGGGAAGAGGAGGAGAGGAAGUGGAAACAGGAAGAAGAAAACUAUAAGACAAAGCUGGAAGAAAUGAAGAAGAAGUAUGAAGAGGAGGCCAGAAAUAAAGCGGAGGAGUUCAAUGAAUUCAAGGAGAAAAAACAGAAAGACUUUGCAGCUCAGAUAAAAAAACACACGGAUGAAGUGACGCAUCUGAAGCAACAGCAGGAGAGAGACAUGCAAGAGCAGAAGGAUGAAUAUGAAUCCUUGAAGAACCUCUCAACUCACCAAGAAAAGAAUCUGAAACAAAAUAUACAUGAACUACGUGAGGAAAUGUCUGAUGGGAUACUGAGACUUCUUUUCGAAAAGACAGAAAACAGGAAUAAAAUGGAGACGAUGCUGAAAACACACAAAAAAGAGGUGGAUAAUCUUAAAAAGGAGGAGGAGUUGGAUGUUUUGCAAAAAAAACAUGAAAGACAAAUUAAUGAAUUCAAACAGGAACUUCUGGAACAACACCAAAAGAUUGCAAGGGAAAAAAUAGACGAGCUGCAGAAGAAACAUGAACAAGAAAAGAAAGAGUUGGAAAAAAAACUCAAGACCAAUGACGGAGACAGCCAAAGGGUCAAAAGAGAUGAACUGGGAAAAAAACAUGAGAAAGAAAUGAAGGAGCUGAAAGAGAAACUUUUGAUGGACGACUCGGACGGAGAACAGCAGCAGCACUUUCUGUGGCGGCUGUGGGAGCGGCUGUGGCCGCAGUAG